AAGACACGUGGGUGUGGGCCAUGCCGUGUUUGAGUGCAGGAGGCCUGGUUGUACGGGUGUAGUGUAGGCAGCGAUACAGAAACAUUUAGAGCUUUCACAGUUUGCGGGCCGCUGGUGUGAUCACCUCUAUAGGCAUGGCAGUCCGGGCGUCUUUUGAGAAUAACAAUGAAAUAGGCUGUUUCGCCAAACUUACAAACAGAUACUGUCUAGUAGCCAUAGGGGGCUCGGAGAACUUUUACAGUGUCUUUGAAGGUGAGCUGUCAGAAACCAUUCCUGUGGUGCAUGCAUCCAUAGCUGGCUGUCGAAUCAUAGGAAGGAUGUGUGUAGGGAAUCGUCAUGGACUUCUAGUGCCCAAUAAUACUACAGACCAGGAGCUGCAGCACAUCAGGAACUGCCUACCAGAUGAAGUUCAGAUCCAGCGUGUGGAGGAGCGUCUGUCAGCUCUUGGCAAUGUCAUUGCUUGCAAUGACUAUGUGGCACUGGUACACCCUGACUUGGACAGGGAAACAGAGGAAAUCUUGGCAGAUUGCCUGAAGGUAGAAGUAUUCCGGCAGACUGUGGCAGAGCAGGUGCUCGUGGGCAGCUACUGCACAUUUAGUAACCAGGGCGGUCUGGUGCACCCCAAGACGUCUAUUGAAGAUCAGGAUGAGCUCUCUUCCUUGCUGCAGGUGCCCCUGGUGGCAGGCACGGUAAACCGUGGAAGUGAGGUGAUAGCAGCAGGAAUGGUAGUCAAUGACUGGUGUGCAUUCUGUGGAUUGGACACCACCAGCACAGAACUGUCUGUCAUUGAAAGCGUUUUCAGAUUGAGUGAUGCUCAACCCAGUGCUAUAGCCACCUCCAUGAGGGACUCUCUUAUUGACAGCCUCACAUAAAGACCUGCUCAGCUGGAGCUACUACUGGAAAACAUGUGAACUCAGAAACCUGUGUUACAAAUUCAGAAAUGCAUUUCUAUUUUUUCAUUUUAUUACAACACACAUGUAAUCAAUCUACAUUUUCAUGCUUGCCCAGGAGAUUAGCUAAGUAAUUUUCAUAUAAGCAUUGUUUCCUGGGCUCUUGAAGGGAAGUCUCGGAGGGUUCUGUGUCUGUAUCACUGUUGCCUUUGUAGCUUUGUAUAUUUGAAGGUCAUUGUAUUAGGAAAAAGUACCAGUUUCCUAAAGAUCUCCUGGAAAUAAAUUAAGAACAUCAAAUUACGUAUUUACUCAUUUGUUUGUAACAUUAAAAACUAUUUGAGUUUAUAAUAAAGUUCAGUUUAACAGAA